UGCAGCUGCCAGCCAGACUCGCUUUCGUAAGAUUUGCGUCAACGUCAAUACUGUUCAUUUUCGUACCAUACGGUGAAAGUAAAAUAUUUUUGUUAAAUCCACAUUAAACAUUACAGUGCACGAUGGUUUUAGACUUAGAUUUAUUUAGAGCUGACAAAGAGGGUGAUCCAGAGAAGAUUCGUGAGAACCAGCGUAAAAGGUUUAAAGAUGUUGCCUUGGUUGACACCGUGGUGGAGCAGGACUUACUUUGGAGACGAUUGAGACACGAGGCAGAUAAUUUUAACAAAUUAAAAAAUGUAUGUAGUAAGGAAAUUGGUCAGAAGAUGAAAAGCAAAGAGCCCGUGGGACCAGAAGAUCAGGAAGUACCGGCUUCUGUUGCAGAUAACCUAGUCAAUCUUACGGCAGAACAGCUUCGACCACUUACUGUCAAUCAGAUUAAAAAGGUCCGUAUAUUAAUAGACGAGGCCAUUACAAAGAAUGAGCAAGGCCUAAUUACUGCAGAGAAGGCUCGUUCUGCAGCAUUAAGGGAAGUGGGCAACCACCUCCACCCUUCAGUUCCAGUGGAUGAUGAUGAAGACCACAACCUUGUGGAGAGGACUUUUGGAGACUGUGCUAUGAGACAAAAAUACUCACAUGUUGAUCUUAUUUGCAUGAUUGAUGGCAUGGAUGGAGAUAGAGGUACAGCAGUAGCUGGUGGCAGAGGUUACUACCUGAAAGGUCCUGCUGUCUUCUUAGAGCAGGCACUCAUACAGCUUUCACUGAGAAUACUCUUGAAGAAGGGUUACACACCGCUGUACACUCCUUUCUUCAUGAGGAAAGAGGUAAUGCAAGAAGUAGCUCAAUUAGCACAGUUUGAUGAAGAACUCUACAAGGUUAUUGGAAAGGGUUCAGAAAACAAAGGAGAUAAUAUAAUUGAAGAGAAAUAUUUGAUAGCAACCUCAGAGCAGCCGAUUGCAGCAUACCACAGAGAUGAAUGGCUUGCAGAGUCUUCAUUGCCAAUAAGGUAUGCGGGUUUGUCAACUUGUUUCCGACAAGAAGUAGGUUCUCACGGCCGCGACACGCGCGGUAUAUUCAGAGUCCAUCAGUUUGAAAAGGUAGAACAGUUCGUUUUGACCUCCCCACAUGAUGAUGCAUCCUGGAAGAUGAUGGAUGAAAUGAUUGGCAAUGCUGAGGAGUUCUACCAAACCCUUGGUUUACCAUACCGCAUUGUGAACAUUGUAUCUGGUGCAUUGAAUCAUGCGGCAGCUAAGAAAUUGGAUCUGGAAGCCUGGUUCCCUGGGUCUGGAGCCUUCCGCGAACUUGUUUCCUGCAGCAACUGCCUUGAAUACCAAGCUCGGAGGUUACUGGUCAGGUAUGGUCAAACAAAGAAAAUGAAUGCAGCAACAGAGUAUGUUCACAUGCUGAACGCGACCAUGUGCGCCACCACACGCGUUAUCUGCGCGGUGCUCGAAUGUAACCAGACAGAAGAGGGCAUUAAGGUCCCUGAAGUACUGAAGCCAUGGAUGCCAGAACAGUACCAAGAGCUCAUACCAUUUGUGAAGCCAGCUCCAAUCGACCUGGAAGCAGCUGCAGCAGCUAAAAAGGGCAAAAAGCAAAAGGAAGACAAAAAAUAAAUAAAAAACAAACACUCCGCAUUUAAAAGUUGCAUUCCCACACCAGUGGCAUGUUAUUUAUUAUGCUCGUAAUUAAGC